CGUUUGAAGCGCACGUGCGGGCGAUGAGAGGACUACCGCUUCCUGUCUGAAGACGUGUGAGUUCAGUCAUGUUUUGAUUAUUUGUCAACGCCCAACCCACCCAGCGGAAGCAAUUGGCGCUCGGUUCUGGAGGAAAACACCCCCACCCUCCUUCCUAUUCCGGGAGAACCGUCAACCGGUUCCGAUUUAGGAUCUGUGGCUACCGGAGGCUGCUGCUGGACCACCUCUUGCCUGGGCUGGAGGCUGAUGACGGGCCGCGCUGCUUCCACGUCCUGUGGAGCUCCGAACCGGAGCCGCUAAGAAACCGUAAAUCAGAACCAGAUAGAGCAACAGGCCAGUUCGACCCGGUUGUUAACGGAAGGAAACCUGGCAUGUUCUGAUCGGGGAGCCGACGAGCAGCUGCGCCUGUCGGGAUGAAGGCUGGGAGGAGACCGAGGCGGACGCGGCUCCUUCCCCGGGUCUCCAUCGGUGGAGCGGGGCUGCUCGCUGCUGCCUUCAUCCUUUACUUCAGUCAUGUCACAGACUCCCAUCCCCAAGCUGUGGGUCAUGUCCCAUCUUUAUCCAAGAGAGAGCUCGUCCUGCAAAAAGAGGAAAACCAAACUGGAUCUGCCAUAAACGAGUUUCCAAAGGACAUCUUUACUCUGGAUCAGAGGAGGCAGGGGGCUGUGCUGUUUCACAUCCUCUUUGCUAUCUACAUGUUUCACGCACUGGCCAUAGUGUGUGAUGUUUACUUUGUGCCAUCGCUGGAAAAAGUAUCAGAGAACCUUAAUCUCAGUCAGGAUGUUGCCGGGGCAACCUUCAUGGCAGCUGGAAGCUCAGCCCCGGAGCUCUUCACCUCUCUGAUUGGGGUGUUCAUCACAAAGGGGGACGUCGGUGUGGGAACUAUUGUGGGAUCAGCUGUUUUUAACAUCCUCGUCAUCAUCGGCCUCUGUGGCAUCUUUGCAGGACAGUCCAUCUCUCUGAGCUGGUGGCCUUUGUUCCGUGAUGCUGUUUUCUACAUCCUCUCCAUAUUGGUGCUUAUUCUGGUCAUCUAUGACGAAAAGGUCUUGUGGUGGGAGACCAUCAUCCUGAUUUCCAUGUAUGGGAUUUACAUCAUCAUCAUGAAGUUCAACAGAUCUCUGUGCUGCCUUGUGGAGAGGUACUGCAGAGUGGACGGCCAGCCGUGCCUGAGCGGUCUGAGACGGACAACCGCCGUCGGGGACGCGGUGGACUGUGAAAACGACAUGGUGCCACUGAAGCCAGACUCUUGUGUUGUGGCCGGUCAGGACUCUACUGUGGGGAUGGUAGAUGAGCUACUGAACCUGCAGCCCCACCAGCUCACCUUCUCAGAGAGGCAGAGGCUGAUUCGAGCCCAGGUGAGCCCAGAGGAGGGGGCAGCAUCAGGGGAGCAUGUUUUGGCUCCAAGUGGAACUUUAGGAAGAGAGAACGGGACGACGGCUGAGGGAGAGAGGCGCCCACAGGAGGGAAAGGAGGAGACCGGGAAAGAAUCGGGAGGAGAGACCGGCGCGAGUUCACAGCCUAAAGAGCUGGAAGAGGAGGAGGAGGAAGAAAAGGAGGAAGGAGACGAGGAGAACACGCCAUUCAACCCUUUCAUCCUGCCAGCUGGUCUGUGGGUACGACUGAAGUGGCUGCUGUCCUGGCCCGUGAGCUUCCUGCUCCACUGCACCAUCCCUGAUUGUAACCAGCCACGUUGGGAGCGCUGGUACCUGCUCACCUUCCUGUCCUCCACACUCUGGAUAGCCCUCUUCUCCUACCUCAUGGUCUGGAUGGUGACUAUAAUCAGCUACACCUUCGGGAUCCCAGAUGUCAUCAUGGGCAUCACCUUUCUGGCAGCUGGUACCAGUGUGCCCGACUGUAUUGCCAGUCUCAUCGUCGCCCAGCAAGGAAUGGGCGACAUGGCCGUGUCCAACUCCAUCGGCAGUAAUAUCUUUGAUGUGCUGCUAGGCCUGGGCUUCCCCUGGGCGCUGAGGACUCUGAUCGUCAGCUAUGGAUCAGUGGUGACAAUCAACAGCAAAGGUCUGGUUUACUCUGUGAUUCUGCUGCUGGCCUCGGUCACACUUACUGUUCUGUGUGUUCAUCUGAACCGCUGGAGAUUGGACCGCAGACUGGGCCUCUGUCUCUUGCUGCUCUACUCCAUCUUCCUUCUCUGCUCCAUCGGCUUUGAAAAGCUUUAGAAGACACACACACACACACACACACACACACACACACACACACACACACACACACACACACACACACACACACAACACAGACUGGUGGCUUGAUUUGUUUUAAACCUUCCCUGCAGCCAUUAGUGUCCACAGAUCUGAGUCAUCGUUUUGUCCCACAGAGGCUGUCCCUGUCUGAGCAACGUUACUGUGACACCAGGUGUCUCUUAAGCGAUGUUGUUUACUUUUGAUAAAUUAGUAUUUUCAGCAGUUUUGUACUGAAGCACUUUCAGCGCACAUUUUGUGAAUUGAAACCCAAUGCACUACAUGUAACAACAUUUUUAAAAGGUUGAAUUUGUCCUUACGCCCCAAAGCGCUGGUUUUCUGCUUUCUUCAUCACUGACACAAGUAACCUCAAUGAUUCAGUGUUUAAGGUGAUGUUGUUGCUUCUCAGUUUGUGCUGUGAUGUCCGUUUUCCUCCCAUCUUUGUGGCUGUAAAUGACGUAGCAUAGCCGAUCAGCACGCUCCUCGUGUUUGCACUAAGUCACGUUGUGCUGGCUUCCUUUGUAGUGCCGUCUUUUCUGUUAAACUCUUGAACAGGAAGUGUUUAUGAAUGUCUGUUUGGAGAGUCCUUUAUCCAGUUUGAGUGCAAUAAAACACUUUAUUCUGCAA